UCACUCAUUAUUCUAUUAUUUCUAGACAACAAUUAGAGUCAAACAUUUGCUGUCUUAUGAGCAUCAUUAAGUUAUUAGUUAUUCAAUAUAAAACAGUAGUUAGUUAGUAAUAGUUAAUAAUUAUGAGUGUCCUUGACGAUAGAAUAAGACAGUACUCAGGGUCAAUCCAUCGGAAGACAUCGAGCAGCACUCAAAAGUCAAAGUCAAAGGUCAAUUUGAUGGCACUAGGUGGUGACCCAAGAAUAUAUGGAGUGCAUUCCAGAAGAGAUGCUCUGGUCAUGAUUCCAGAAGUGCUCAAUCCAAAUACUGUAUCAAGGUUCGAAAAUUUAAUCGAUGAGGCCUUUCAAAAUCCCAGAGAUGCGAAAAACAUUUUGCGAGCAAACGAAUACAUCAAAGAAUUGAUGGAAGUCAAUAACUUCACUGGAGACAAAAUUGUCAGCAUUUUGGAGGAGAGGCUGCGUUACAACUUGCAGCUGAAGUUGACUCUGAAUCUGGAUGCGAAUGUAGAGAUUCUUGCUGAGUUCCUCGGGGACAGGUGGGACGAAUACUACAACCUCCUCGUGCCUCUCUUCUGCAUCGCACUCAACGCUAAAGGAAUACACAUGAGAAAGGGUUUCUUCCGAGUUUUCGCCGAGGAGCUUCUGACAAAUGAAAGUGUCUUGUUCAAUUUUUCAGAACUGUUGAGGACUUCUAUCAAACUGCGCAACAUGCUCGUCAUCCUAAAUAUGAAUGCCUUCGAUGGACAGUUCUCACGAGAGGGAUCAGAGAAACUCACUUCAUUCAUCAGACUAAUCCACAGCUUCACUGCGACAUAGGCUAUUCAUUUGUUUCUGCGUC